UCGCUGUCAACCUCUUUUUAUGUACAGUCGUACUGGUGCCUGGUAGGUGCUGUGUACUGCAUCAGGAGUCCAGACAAUACCCAAGGUAGCUUUCAUCAAGCUGCGCUAUCUCUUUGAUUGUUGGGCUACUUGUUGUGGUGGAGGAUUCACGGUGAGAAGAGUAUGAAGAUACCAAACGCUAGCUAGAAAAGCCCCAGCAUGCAACCACUAUUCCUGGAAGAUACCGGUACUGAUACCAAUGCCGAACACCCUGCCACUCCCUAUCGCCUAUCGGAUGUCGACAACUUGCAUGAAGCGAUCCGCUCGGAUGCCGCUCGAUGGAAGACUCGAUUUACGGCCUACUUUUGGUCUCCUGACGGAAAGGAGCUGCUCUCCUGUGUCAGUUUUGGUUUGAUUUUCUUCAUUAUUGGCUAUGUUUUCCCCACAACCAAUCAGCGCCCACUGCCCUACCAAUACUUGGAAGGAACCGGUGACUAUGUUCGAAAUUUGGUGUACAAUGAAGCACUCCAGGACGAGACGGUGCCGGACUGGCAGCUUGCAGUUCUCUGUGUCAUUCUUUGUCCAAUGCUACAACUCAUCUUUGCCCUGGUUCAUGGUAAUGUGGGUGAUAUCCACAAGACUCUCUGUGUCUAUUGUAUUGUGAUAACCAUCACAGGGACUGGGACGUCGAUCUUGAAAGAUUUUGUUGGAUAUCUCCGACCGAUAUUCUACAACCUGUGCCAACCGAGUGACAAUUAUGAAUAUUGCACACAGGGCGAUGAUGACGAUGAUCUUCGCAUGUCCUUUCCAUCCGGACAUGCCAGCUGGUCCUUUGCCACUCUAACAUUGCUGUAUUUGUAUUUGGAACGAUGCCUUGGUUUGAGUGGUGCAUCGCAAUUCACAACGACUCUCGCAACAAGUUCUAACCAAGAGAUCGUUGUACUGCAAUACCCCAAGAAUGCAUUUCGGUAUCGAUGCCACUCGCUACUCUGCUUGAUUCCACUGGGAUUGGCCACAUUUGUUGCUGUGAGCCGUGUACACGACAACGAACAUUUUCCAGCCGACAUACUCGCAGGGAGUCUCUUGGGUGCUACCAUUGCCCGUCAUUGUCAUCAAGUCUGGUUUCCAGACGCCAGACUUAACUGCAGAAAGUAGGUAACACGGCCUCCUUUCUGAGUGCGUACAGUAUUCCAUAAGUGUUCUAUUAGUGAAAAAAUUAAUUCU